UCAGUCAAGAUGGGGGCUUUUGCUAGCCUGAUGAAAGGUAUGUUCGGUAGUAAAGAGAUGAGGAUCCUGAUGGUAGGACUGGACGCUGCUGGAAAGACAACCGUCCUGUAUAAGCUCAAACUGGGAGAAGUUGUUACAACAAUCCCUACUAUUGGUUUUAAUGUUGAAACGGUAGAAUACAAGAACAUCAAUUUCACAGUGUGGGAUGUCGGUGGUCAGGACAAGAUCAGGCCGCUCUGGAGACAUUACUUCCAAAACACACAAGCCGUCGUCUUUGUAGUGGACAGUAAUGACAGGGAGCGAAUUGGUGAGGCGAAGGAGGAGCUGAUGCGGAUGCUGGCUGAAGAUGAACUGGCAGAUGCAAAGCUGCUUGUUUUUGCCAACAAACAGGACCUUCCCAAUGCCAUGAAUGCAGCUGAGAUAACAGACAAGCUGGCCCUUCACACCCUGUGCAAUCGCAACUGGUAUAUCCAGGCAACAUGCGCCACUACUGGAGACGGUAUCUACGAGGGUCUCAACUGGCUUGCAAUGACGAUAAAGAAAAAGAAAUGAAUCAUCACUCCAUCUCCUCUCUGCAGUUUAACAGGAGACUGCUCUCUUGUUCUCUUUUUCUUUCUUUUCACUAAUGCGCUGUAUCUUUUGACCAUCGCUCCCCCGCAUUGUCUCUCUUUAGAGGGGCGAAUGUGAGUCAGAGCAGCCAUGUUGUGUAUUGAACUGUUAACUUUAACCCCGUACUCCGAUGUUCCAACGUCCCACAGCACAAAACAAAAAUCUAAGAACGACAGAUAUGUGUACCUGUUUGUUGAAUCAUUUGUUCAGUUUUUAAAUCAAGUUCAGAUCCAUGUCUAAAAUGAAUUGGGUCUGAAAGUCUAUAACUGUUACAGGGUAUGUUUGCACAUAUGAAUGUGUAUUGAGUGAAGCUGUGUUGUUCAGUUCCAUUGACUGACUGGUGAGCCCUUGAACAAUUAUUAAAAUAGAAAAUUGGACUAGUGCAAUAUCAAAAUCGCCGGAGCUGCAAUAAUUGUUCAAAACUAAAUAUGUAUACAAUUCUGAAGUAAGUAUUGUAUUGUUAUAGAGGUCCCUUUCUACAAAUCAUACCCUAAGGACUUUGUUUGGUACAGAUCCUUGCAAAGGAAUCACACCAUGAUCAUUUUAAUAUAUUUUCAUUAGAUUAGAUUAUUUUAUCUAAUCAAUGUAAUUAAGCAAAACAAUGCCAAAGUCAUAAUUUCCUUUUCUAUUGUGAACGACAUCACAACUGCAAUAUCAAUCAUAUAGGAUAUUUUUCCACUUCACUCUGUUUUUUAUUUUAUUUUUGUAUUUAUUUCUUAUUUUCAGUUUUUUACAGUUCUUUUGGUCUGUUUUCAAUGUUUGUAUUCCUCUUUUGUUACUGUUGUUCCACGUACAACCUGUUUUACUUGGCAGCUAGUUACAGGUCUGCAGUCUUUUGAUGAAAAUACUUUUGGGACCAAUUGAUCAAAUUAGUGUUCUCUUGGGAAGUUUGAGUAAUGGAUCGACUGUCUUGGGGUUUUCUUUGUCUUUACUCCAGGUAUUUCUUCAACACAAGUAGAGUACAUAUGGUGUACAACAAGAAAUAGAAAUGUGUAUAAUGUAAUAAAAUGUAUUUUAACUUGA